AGUCGAAGAACAUAGAGGUAGAUAAAGCUUAGUUUAGCUAAAAAACAUUGAGAGUUAAGUUGGGUAAUAAAUAGAUGAUGCUCUAAAACCGUUAACAUCGCAAAAUACAUGAACAAGAGAAAGUCAGUGGAGCAGUCUCUCCUCAGAUUUUAUUACAAACAAAGAAAUAUUACCAUUUCUUAACUACUCCCAAUGAUUCCUGUUUCUGGAAUUUCACAGCUCUUAAUUAAUAUCCAAAUUAAAAGGAAAGUAAAGGAGUAAACUUUAAUCAUUCUAUACCCUUUUUUAAUUGACCUACCAAAAAAGCAAUCCCAACACUCCCUUCUUCAUCUUCUUCUUAACUCCGGCCACCUUCAAAAAGACCGUUGCUGUUUGAACUUUAGGAAUUUGUUCUCAGCCACCCAGAUUUUUUGCUUGAAGAUUUAAAUGGCAACUCUUGCGGAUAUAGGGCUUUCUGCAGCCAUAAAUCUUCUAUCUGCCUUUAUUUUCCUUAUAGCAUUUGCUAUUUUGAGACUCCAGCCCUUUAAUGAUAGGGUUUACUUUCCCAAAUGGUAUCUUAAAGGCUUAAGAACCAGCCCUACACACUCAGGAGCCUCUGUGAGGAGGGUAAUCAAUUUAGACUUCAGAUCUUAUCUCAGAUUUCUAAACUGGAUGCCUGAAGCUUUGAAAAUGCCAGAGCCUGAACUUAUUGACCAUGCUGGCUUGGAUUCUGCUGUUUACUUGCGCAUUUACUUGUUAGGGCUUAAGAUUUUUGUUCCUAUUGCAUUCCUUGCUUGGGCUAUCCUGGUUCCGGUGAAUUUUACUAACAGCACCUUGGAGCGUGCAUCAGCUAAUGUGACUUCCAGCGACAUCGACAAGCUUUCAAUUUCUAAUAUCCCUCUUGGAUCGGAAAGGUUUUGGACCCACAUUGUGAUGGCUUAUGCCUUUACAUUUUGGACUUGCUAUGUAUUAAUGAAGGAGUAUGCUAAAGUUGCCACAAUGCGGUUGGAAUUUCUUGCCUCAGAGAAACGUCGUGCAGAUCAAUUUACAGUCCUUGUUAGAAAUGUACCACCAGAUCCCGAUGAAUCUGUUAGUGAACUUGUGGAGCAUUUUUUUCUGGUCAACCAUCCGGAUCACUACCUAACGCAUCAGGUGGUUUACAACGCAAACAAACUGGCCAAAUUGGUCAAGAAGAAGAAAAAAAUGCAGAACUGGCUUGACUACUACCAGCUUAAGUAUUCUAGAAAUCAGUCGCAGAGGCCUCUAAUGAAGACUGGUUUUCUUGGUCUUUGGGGGCAGAAGGUGGAUGGUAUUGAUCAUUAUACAUCAGAGGUUGAGAAACUAUCAAAAGAAACAGCAGAAGAGAGAGAAAGGGUUAAAAAGGAUCCAAAGUCAAUCAUGCCAGCAGCAUUUGUUUCAUUCAAAACUCGAUGGGGUGCGGCUGUUUGUGCACAGACUCAGCAAUCAAGAAAUCCGACACUGUGGUUAACUGAUUGGGCUCCAGAGCCUCGUGAUAUAUAUUGGCAAAACUUAGCCAUACCUUAUGUUUCACUUGCAAUCAGGACGUUGAUAAUGGGCGUAGCAUUCUUUUUUCUUACCUUUUUUUUCAUGAUCCCAAUUGCAUUUGUGCAAACUCUUGCAAGCAUCGAGGGAAUUGAGAAAAUAGCGCCCUUUCUGGAGCCCAUAAUUGAAACAAAAUUUAUUAAAUCAUUUAUCCAAGGUUUCCUGCCUGGCAUUGUGUUGAAGCUUUUCCUGAUCUUUCUGCCAUCAAUAUUGAUGAUCAUGUCUAAAUUUGAAGGCCUCACAUCUCUGUCUUCUCUGGAAAGGAGAUCAGCAACACGAUAUUACAUUUUUAAUAUUGUGAAUGUGUUCCUUGGGAGCAUAAUCGCUGGAAGUGCAUUUGAACAGCUAAAUGCGUUUCUAAAGCAGUCUGCUAACGACAUUCCUAAAACAAUUGGUGUGGCUAUUCCAAUGAAAGCAACUUUUUUCAUAACCUACAUAAUGGUAGAUGGAUGGGCUGGAAUAGCUGGAGAAGUUUUGAUGCUGAAACCACUAAUAAUCUACCACCUGAAGAAUUUCUUCCUGGUGAAAACUGAAAAGGAUAGGGAAGAGGCAAUGGAUCCUGGAAGUCUUGGUUUCAACACUGGAGAACCUCGUAUACAGUUCUAUUUUCUAUUAGGUCUUGUAUAUGCAACUGUGACGCCAACUCUCCUUCCGUUCAUUAUAGUUUUCUUUGCCUUCGCUUAUGUUGUGUUCCGUCAUCAGAUUAUAAAUGUAUACAACCAAGAGUAUGAGAGUGGUGCAGCAUUCUGGCCUGAUGUUCAUGGACGUGUUAUUACUGCAUUGGUAAUCUCACAGGUGCUAUUGAUUGGACUGUUGAGUACAAAGGACGCUGCUCAGUCAACACCACUCCUUGUUGUCCUUCCUGUACUCACUAUAUGGUUCCAUAUGUUCAGCAAAGGCCGCUAUGAACCUGCAUUCAUUAAAAAUCCACUACAGGAAGCAAUGAUGAAAGAUACUCUAGAACGUGCAAGAGAACCGAACUUCAAUUUGAAAUCCUUCCUUCAAAAUGCAUAUCUGCAUCCAGUGUUCAAAAGCUGUGAUGAUGACAGCGACGAUGACGAUAUAAGUAAAAAGAUGGAAAAUGAAAAUGUGCUAGUGCCUACAAAACGUCAAUCACGAAGAAAUACACCUGUGCCGAGUAGAAUGAGUGGCGCAUCAUCACCAUCUUUACAUGAGCUGAAGGAGGAAGCUGUGCCGUAACUCUCAAAGGAGUUUGCUGUACAUUUGGCACAUUGCAACACUAGGGAAGAGUAGUGACAUUGUAAAUGAAAAGGGUACAGAAUUAAGUGAUUUGUUUAUAGGGAGGAGGCCAGUUGCAAAAAGCAGUGAAAUGUUUGAAUAGAGGCUCUGGAUUUUGAGGUGGCAACUGUUUGAGAGGAUGAUGACUAUUUAUUUUAUUUAUAGUGUAUAUGAAUUAUUAUUCAAAGUGAGUUUGGCUUUGUACAA